AGUAUUGGGUCAGAGCAAUGACUGUAUAAUUAUGAAUGGGUCAGAGGGAGUUUACAGCGAUAGGGCGGAACUGGCGUUCCAGAAACAGACUGAAUUGAAAGAGGACGGGAGAGAAUCCCAGCAUAAACACUGUGAAAUAUUGAACAUAUUCCUACUCUCAUUCAAAGAAAAGGCCUCUCCAAUUUUCCGACGAUAUCAAGGGUGCGGUCGCUUUCAGUGUAGUUGUUUUCGUGGUCCUCCUUGAGCUUCCCUCACAUUUUUCCCCACCGUAUUUGUCACGGAGGGAGGCGGUGGAAAGCACGGCCGCCAUCUUUGGGAUCUGCCUGUAGUACGGGAUUCGACAAUUUGGGCCCCCGUUAGUCCAAGGCAAGGGUGGAGAUUUUUUGCCAACUCUACACAGCCAAUCUAAAUCAACAAAUCGGUUGACAACUUUGAAAAACAUCAGAAAUCAGUGUAAGGAAAAUAUAAUAACAGGAAAAAACACACGUCCAGUACUCUUCCUGUCCACAAUUGGUUGAACCAAACGACAUUCUCUGCUCGGCUCAAACCAGCCAGGCCCGUCGGAAGGGUGUGUACACGUAUGAGGCCACUGUCCUGCAGAUGAACCGUCGGUGGGGGCUGUCACGUCGCUGUCGCAUAUCCAGAUAAUCCCUGGCCGCGGCGGUGGCGGCACUGGCACGUCCCCCCCUCAGCAUGCCCAACACUAGUCGGGCGGGGAGCCUGAAAGACCCCGAUGUUGCUGAGCUCUUCUUCAAGGAGGACCCUGAGAAACUGUUCUCAGACUUGCGAGAGAUCGGACAUGGCAGCUUCGGUGCAGUCUACUUUGCACGAGAUGUGCGGACCACUGAGGUGGUGGCCAUCAAGAAGAUGUCGUACAGUGGAAAACAAUCCAACGAGAAAUGGCAAGACAUAAUCAAGGAGGUGAAGUUUCUGCAGAGAAUACAGCACCCAAACAGCAUAGAGUAUAAGGGAUGCUAUCUGCGAGAGCACACUGCCUGGCUGGUGAUGGAAUACUGUCUAGGCUCUGCCUCUGAUGUCCUGGAAGUUCACAAGAAACCUCUACAAGAAAUGGAAAUAGCAGCGAUUACCCACGGUGCUCUACAGGGGUUGGCUUACCUUCAUUCCCACAACAUGAUUCACCGAGAUAUUAAGGCAGGGAACGUCUUGCUGACAGAGCCUGGCCAGGUGAAACUUGCAGAUUUUGGUUCUGCCUCCAUUGUCUCUCCAGCCAACUCUUUUGUGGGGACGCCAUAUUGGAUGGCCCCAGAGGUAAUCCUGGCUAUGGACGAGGGUCAAUAUGAUGGGAAGAUUGACAUCUGGUCUUUGGGGAUAACUUGCAUUGAAUUAGCUGAGAGAAAACCUCCACUGUUCAAUAUGAAUGCGAUGAGUGCCUUGUAUCACAUAGCGCAGAAUGAAAGCCCCACACUGCAGUCAAGUGAAUGGACGGAUUACUUCCGAAACUUUGUAGAUUCUUGCCUUCAGAAAUUCCCCCAAGACAGGCCCAACUCUGAGGAACUUUUAAAUCAUGCGUUUGUGCAGCGCGAGCGGCCCGACUCUGUCCUGAUGGACCUGAUCCUGAGGACCAAGGUUGCGGUGCGGGAGUUGGACAAUCUGCAGUACCGCAAGAUGAAGAAGAUCCUCUUCCAGGAGGCUCACAAUGGCCCUGCAGCCGAGGCACAGGACGGAGACGAGGAGGAACCGGAGAACAGUGGCAGGACAGGCACAGUGAGCAGCGUUGGCAGUAACCAGUCUAUCCCCAGUAUGUCGAUCAGCGCCAGCUCUCAGAGCAGCUCUGUCAACAGCUUGACCGACGCCGGAGAUGACAAGAGUGAACUGGACAUGAUGGAGGGAGACCACACGGUCAUGUCCAACAGCUCCGUCAUUCACCUCAAACCGGAGGAGGAGACGACUUAUCGCGAAGAGUCGGAACCUAACAGCCGGCCGCCCACUGAGCCCCAGUCUCCCCCUGCACACACUCCACGGCCAAAACAACACCGCAACCGCGAGCACUUUGCCACAAUACGCACAGCCUCCCUGGUGACCCGUCAGAUGAAGGAGCACGAGCAGGACAGUGAGCUGAGAGAGCAGAUGUCAGGCUAUAAGAGGAUGAGGAGGCAGCACCAGAAGCAUCUGAUGGCCCUGGAGAACAAGCUGAAGGCUGAGAUGGACGAACACCGGCUCCGUCUGGACAAAGAGCUGGAGAACCAGAGGAACAGCUUUGCCCAGGAGAUGGAGAAACUCAUUAAGAAGCACCAGGCCGCCAUGGAGAAAGAUGCGAAGACCUUUUCCAAUGAUGAGAAGAAGUUCCAGCAGCACAUCCAGAGCCAGCAGAAGAAAGAGCUCAACAGCUUCCUAGAGUCCCAAAAACGAGAGUACAAACUCCGCAAGGAGCAGCUCAAAGAGGAGUUGAAUGAGAACCAGUCGACCCCUAAGAAGGAGAAGCAGGAGUGGCUCUCCAAGCAGAAGGAGAACUUCCAGCACUUCCAGGCUGAGGAGGAGGCCAACCUGCUGAGGAGACAGAGACAAUACCUAGAGCUGGAGUGUCGACGCUUCAAGAGGAGGAUCCUCAUCGCUCGCCACAACGUGGAGCAGGACCUAGUGAGAGAGGAGCUGAAUAAGCGUCAGACGCAGAAGGACUUGGAGCAUGCCAUGCUGCUGCGGCACCAUGAGUCCAUGCAGGAGCUGGAGUUCCGCCAGGUCAACACCAUCCAGAAGAUGAGGGCUGAGCUGAUCCGCCUGCAGCACCAGACAGAACUCACCAACCAGCAGGAAUACAACAAGAGGAGGGAGAGAGAGCUCCGACGCAAACACGUCAUGGAGGUCCGACAGCAGCCCAAGAGCCUCAAGUCCAAAGAGCUCCAGAUUAAGAAACAGUUCCAAGACACAUGUAAGAUCCAGACCAGACAGUACAAGGCCUUGAGAAACCACCUACUGGAGAGCACACCAAAGUCUGACCACAAGGCUGUCCUGAAGCGUCUAAAGGAGGAGCAGACCCGCAAGCUGGCCAUCCUGGCUGAGCAGUACGACCACUCUAUCAACGAGAUGCUCUCCACACAGGCUCUGCGUCUGGAUGAGGCUCAGGAGGCUCAGUGCCAGGUGCUGAGGAUGCAGCUGCAGCAGGAGCUGGAGCUACUCAACGCCUACCAGAGCAAGAUCAAGAUGCAGACGGAUGCCCAGCACGACCGUGAGCGGAAGGACCUUGAGCAGAGAGUGUCGCUCCGGAGGGCCCUACUGGAGCAGAAGAUUGAGGAAGAGAUGCUGGCCCUUCAGAACGAGCGUUCGGAGAGGAUCCGUAGCCUGCUGGAGCGCCAGGCCAGGGAGAUCGAAGCGUUCGACUCAGAGAGCAUGCGUCUAGGCUUCAACAACAUGGUGCUGUCCAACCUCUCCCCAGAGGCCUUUAGCCACAGCUUCCCAGGGGCCCCAGGCAGCUGGGCCCACCCCCAGACACAGCACCAUUCUGGGGGCUCUCAAGGGCCACACUGGGGCAGUGGAGGGUCAGGGCACCAAGGCAGCCAUCACCAACACCACUAUCACUCUGGUCAAGGAGGGUCCCCCAUGCAGCAAGCCUGGGGCCAAGGCAUGCAGGGGGGCGGGGGUCCUCAGCCGUGGGGCCACCCCUCGGCAGUGCCCCUGGGGGCCAGAGGCAGUGGAGGUGUGCAGAACAGCCCCCAGGCACUGAGCAGGACAGCCUCAGGGGGGCGCAGUGAGCAGGCUAUGAGCAGGAGCACCAGCGUCAACUCUCAGAUAUCCAACGGGUCGCACCUGUCCUACACAUAGACUCCCAGUCCCAGAGUUAGAGUAGGAUGCUGCCAAGUCCACAGAGCAGAGUGGGACAGUAUGGGCUGAGCUCUACUACACCUCCACCUCUCUUUCACACAUUUCUCAUCCCCUCUCUCCUAUUCCUCUCCUGUCCUGUGUACAGAUGUGAAUGCGUGUGGAAAUAAAUGUUGCUCAGGUCAAAAGGGCUGAAAGAGGCACACCCCCUCUACACAUCAGUUUAUUAGUACACAUACAGAUCAGUUCUUCUGUUUCUAUAGAAACCAUUCGGUGUCAACACUAAAUACUUAUUAUUUAGUGUUCUCUCUCUUAGAAAUAAUUUUCAUGUACAUAUGUGUUAUCCAUAGCCACUGCUCUCCUUUUGCACCACUGAGACCACUGUCAAAAAGCCUUUUGACAUCUGCCAACUGCUUUUAAUUUAAAAGUUGCUUAGUGUCUACCAAUCACAGCAAACUAAGACAGCCCAGGAAAUGCCCCUGCUCCCUCCAAAUUUGAUAAUAUAUUGGCCCAUCUAUCUAUCCAGUUACUUUAUUAUUAUUUAUUUGUUUACUCUCCUUAUGCUAGCCUGCUUUUAUGGUCAUUUUAAAUCGCAGAGAUUGUUUCUUUUUCCAAAUCUGAAGAUUCUAAAAUGUUUUAACAGGGAGAGGUUUAAUAAACUGCUCAGAUACCGUAUAGAGCUGCUUGACAAUACCUGAAACAAAUGAAAGUUGGUUUUACAUUAUCUUUUAGGUUUGAGAUUGUGAGGGACACUGGGACACAAUGUUGUUGGCUGGUAUUUUGGCCAGCUUCCAUGAAACUCGCUUUUGUUGUAUCCAAGCCUACUUUUAAUCCAGGCAGUUGUUAUUAAACAUCUCACAAACUUAUUUACUAUCAACCCCUGUUGCAGGAAUGUGGUGAAAUUUUGUGAAUAGGAUUUUUUAAACGUUUUUACAUACAAGAAUCUGAGGGUUUUGUAGAAUUAGAUCAAUUAUAUUUUGGCUGUUAUUAUUUGUCCUUUUUUUAUUAAGAAAGGAAGAUAAUAGUUUUUUUGUAAUUGCAGCUGGUAAGAGCAAGAGAAGUUUGUGUUUUUAGCAAUGUCAUAUCAUCGAGGUAGGAUUUUUGUUGUGAAUUUCACAUACUUGCAGUUUGAAAGAUUUAAAUGUUUACAUUUAAUAUAUUGAAGAAGCAGUAACAGACAGUGAACCUUUUUAUAUCAAUGAGCAUUUUGCCAACAUUUAGUGAUCUGCAUUUUAUUUUAUGCCUCCCUGUGGGAGUUUAAGCUGCUAAUUUAUCCAUUUGCCAAUAAGAACACUAAAGCAGAAUAUGAAUGUUUUUAGAUGCUAUUCUUUGUAUUUGUCUGUUUCGAAUGCAAAGCUAGGGGUCCAGGCUAACCAUAGCUUCAACUAUGGCCACAUUCAGCUGUUCUGUACUACUGUAGUGUGUGGCAUUGGCCACUAGGUUGCAGUCUUCAACCGCUCCUUAUGCCAUAAUAGCCCACCUACUGUAGAUCCAAAUCUUCACUGUUGUUUAGGGUUUCCAAGUGGGUCGGUGUCUUUCAUAGCAUUACUACAUCAGCCAAAACCAGAGGGACAUGGCAGAUCCAUAAUAAACUAUAGGCUUAGCUAAUAGCUAAAAGUGUAUAUGUAUGUUAAUACUCAGUAAGAUGGUGCCUUUGUAUGCCCUGAUACUGAUCAUUUAUUCUCAGUGUAAAACUGGCAUAUUUUUUUAUGUUUUAGUUCAGCUCAGAUUGAUUAAAUAGUUAACCAAGUUUGUAUUACAUUUCGCAUCAUUCAAUGAAAAUGAUGUAAUUCAGGAAGAGAGGAUCCUAACAUCUAUCCUCAUGUACCUCUGAAAAUGAUGUCCAUAUCAGGAGUUUUGUGAAGUGAUCAAUUGAACAGAAGUUCUAAAGGUGAUAAUAUCAUGCAUACAGGUACUUGAGGGCUGGUUCUGGGUGUCUGCUGUGCGGAGGAUGACAGAUUGUGAGUUCCAUCUUAGUUGGCUGAAUGAUCGAGGAGGGGAUCAGUAUAAUUAAUGAUGGGCUACAUGAUUGUCUGAUACAAGAGCCAAGACUCUGUAAUACCUUUAAUAAGAACCCUGACAUUUAUCAGUUGAUUUUAUUUUAGUGCCUUUAAAUACUGCUACCUUGUCAAAGCACUUUAUACAGUACAUACAAUGUAUACAGUAAAACACAUGGUAGUUUGACUUUAUUUUAGGCACAGCCACAUGAGGGAUGAAUAUUGUGUGUCUGUAUUAUGUGGUUGAGGUGGGGAAGUUGAAAAGUUUAGCUAAUAGUUUACCUUAAAGUCAGAUACGUAGUGAGGAUUUGAAUACCUGGGGUUAAUUACAAGUGAGUUAGCAGAGUCAUACCAGUAUAUAGACCUAUUUCUAUGGCGCUAUGGAGGAUUCAUGUUGGACAAGAACGAACCAGAUUAUGGUGUAUGGUGACAGGGAUAGUUAAAGGACUUCUAUUGUAUGCUUGGUUAAAAAACACCUUUUUCACUAAAUGUUGCAGGCCAGGUUUAACAUGACGUAAGUGGGCACAGUAGAGCAUAGCUUCCAUAAGUAGGACAAAUAUAUAUGAUUUCAGAAUGUGUUUGAAAGGGAAAGAUUUAAUCUCAAUGUAAUGGCUGUUUUUGACCAUGACAGCAGGCUUGGCAAGGAGUACAUGUUGUGGGAGCUGGUUAAUGUAAUGUUGUCAGUGUUUAAAAUGAUAAUGGUCCACAACUUGAGCAACACUAAAAACUCUGCAAUCAGGAAAAAAAGAGACCAUCUCAUCACCCUAAAAGUAACAAUGGCAGGUAAAUGAAGCGCAUAUACUUGUUAGUUACUGGUGUUCUGCAUGUAAAUAUAACACUCGCACUAAAUGAUCAUUCUACACUUAUGUUGGUGAGUGGUUAAAAAGUGGUUAAAGCUGGAAUCCUUAAUGGUAAAACUGCCACGUCCAUUUGGGAUGUUACAACAACCAAAGUUACUGCAAACAACGAACACUAUUUUUUUUCCUAUCGGACAUCAAUGCACGCUCUAUAUUUUUUUACCACACUGCUCAACCCACCUCUCAGUUUCGUCCACAAAUUAAUAACCAAGGUGCUGGGGCGGACAGUGGCACUGUUUCCCCUAAUGCGGAUUCCAUCUUUUAAAGGUGGCAAAGCACUUAUGUAGUUAUUUCCUUGGACACCCACAGUGGGUUCUAUCUGUGAGCUUGUUCUCUCACCCAUGAAACUGCUUCUUUCAUGGGUGAGUUUAUGCCAUUGUGGUUCCCCUCUUUAUUUUCUCACCCUCCAUUCCCUGAAUCACCAAGUCUGCAUUUACUAUGAGGGUAACUAUCUCUGUAUGGAAAUCUAAAACACUUUAAAAACAUAUAUAUUGAGAAGGCCACAAGGCUCUAAAAUACCUAAUGUUGCAGAUAUCUUACGAAAUUAAAGUGGGGUGAAAUGUCCAUAUUGUGUAUAUCUACAAUUUAAGAGAUUAAACGUUUUAACUAAACUUGCUUUGUGACGAAGAACAUUUUUAAAAGAAAAUCUAUAAGACUAACAUUAUUUAACUUGACAGACACUAACCAAAUAUUAAACAACAUUGAGAUUGGUAUGAGGGUCUGUAAAAGUAACUGAUGAAAAGUGAGCUUGGUUGUGUGUAUACUGACUCUUACUGCUUCCUGUGCAUGCAUAGCCUACACUGUCAUUUUCCUUUACUGUCACACACUUUGUUAGUCAUUGCACCCUUCAUGACGCCUGUCAUUGCAGUAAGUCUGUACUUCCUGUGUUUCCUUCUACUCCACCCUCUCUACAUUCACAUCCACCAGAUUAGUACCUAUUCUGAUGUUUGUUCUUGUUGAAUGUGAUGCUACAAUUGUGCGGCAAAAACUUGUUUGAUUUUACGGGCACAAAGAGAUGCAGGAGAAGUUUGUUUUAAAUGGUUGCAGACUCUAAUCCCCCAAUACAAUUCUCCAAUAUCUGCCUCAGAAUCAUAUCCAACUGUCCUUUCCAAAAAGCAGGCAUGGGUUUCAUUAUGUUACAGUACAUAGGGCUGUGAGUGUGUCCCAAUACUCUCCAAAACCUUCCACCUCAUGUUUCCUUUCAUUUGUAACCACAGAGAGUUGAAACGCCUCAAUAGGUUAAUUUACCACUAUAAUGCUUAUACCGACCAAGUCUUCUAUGAUCAGUGGUCAGGGGAAAAAUGGUAUUUCUGAUUAUUGGGACCUAGCCCAUGUUCAGGUCAACAGCUUCUUAGGUCAAUGGUUAAUUCACGUCAGGCCAAUGAAAGGUCCUUGCUAUCCAUGGUCCUUGGGAUGUCCCUACCCCAUUGGAGUUGACAUUUUCAAAUACUUAGGGUUCAGGGUAGGGAUGUCCCAAGGACCCCGGAUAGCACUAACCGCCAAUGAAACCUCAUCUCAUACGAGAUCGAUUGCCAACCCAUCACACCUUUUUGUUCAUGUUUUUUUAUUUGUUUUAUUUUGUGAGGGAGACUACUUAGAUAUUUGUAUUCAUAUUUGUUUUAAUGAUGUACAAGGCUUCUCCACCAACCUGGAUAAUGUUUUUAAUUAUAAUUUAGCAUUGAUGGUGUCAGCUAAAUAAAAAUGGAGGUCCUCCCUCUGGUCAAACACUGUGCCAUCCCAGAGCUGCCAAGCCCAGACACCACUGCAUUGUUUCAUCUCCAGAGUUCCCUUUGCCUUGGCCUGAUGGCAUGACAUUUUAAAAAUAGCAUGAUGUGAGCUAUUUGGUUCUGGUCAGAUGGUCAAUGUAGUGGCUUGAAAAGAUUGAGUGGUGAUAGGCUACUUAUGAAAACAGAGGAUCCAUUUCUAUGAGGAUGUCAGUAUUCUUCCUUGGCACAGCAUUACCACUACAACUCAUAUAUAACCUGUAUUAAAAUGUAUAAAUUGUGAAACCUGUUAUUGAAUGUCUGAAAGAUUAUGAAGAUUAUACAUACAUUUUCACCAAAACAAUAUACAAAAAAGUUAAUUGAAAUGUGUAAAAAGAUAAAUGAAACAGAAGAAUAAAACUAGGAUCAAAUCUACUAUUUUGUUUGUAUUAUAAUGACUAUUGUGCUGGCAGAGGGAUAUUGAACAGAAAUCAGCUGUAAUAAAGUAAUUUUAGUAUAUAA